CGCGAAGUCAGACUAUGCAAUCGUUGCUAACAGAUUGCUAAAUCAGGAGGCCAGAUUACAAAGGUAUGUCUAUUUGUUUACAAUUUUGCACAUGGCGAAAGCUUGGUGUCAGCGUGGUGGCGCAUUCUCCCCGCCUCUCAAAUUCUCACCAAGUCUGGGCCCAGUAUUUCCCACCGCCCUUCUGGCUGUGUAGCCUCUUCGUCGCGUACUCCGGGCAGAAAUGUGGCGCCUAUUCCAACGCCCCUCAAUAAUACAAGGUGUCAUACGUAGGUACAGCGAGUCUGUGCCAGAUCUUGAGGUCCAUCAACCUCAGUUGACGUGGCUCACACAUGUCGA